CAUAGGGCUCCCGCGCAUGAGUAUGUCCAGGGUGUUGGGCCCAAGCAGACGUCUCAAGGCCGAAUUAGGGGAAGGAUCAACCAUGUGCAGCAAAUAUUGGAUUCUGAUACCAGUGGUCACGUUCUGGCGACUGGCCGCGAAGGGCUCGCCGCUCCUGUGAUACGAGGCAGGCCCACAGACGGUUGGGGGCGGCUCUGCGUGAAGCCUCCCGACUACCGCCCAGGACUCCAUCGCCAUACCGAAGUCACGGGCAGCACGCGUGCCGGCAUGCCUUCAAAGUCCCUGCGCGGCACAGCUAAUAUUAGCAUCCAGGCGACCCCCAAAUGCACCGCCCUCAGACUAUUGACGUGUGACUCAGGAGACUCAGCACAUCGGUGUGGACGCGGCAACGUCGGCGAUGUGCCCAGCGCGGCCCUUCCGGCUCGGGGCACAUCUCGCCUCGAGGCUCGAGGGCAAGAGGAGCCGGUCGUGCCCUCGAUGAAGUUUGUCUUCCUUAGACCGGAAGCCCUCACCUCCACGAUGAGGCAGUCCCUCUUUUCUCUCGUUGCCACUUUCGCCGGCGCGUUUGCUCUGAGCAUCCCGCUGAACCCGAACACCGGCCUCCAACCACGACAGGCGUGUGAGAAUACGCCCGAGAAUCGCCAGUGUUGGGGCGAGUACAACAUCGACACCAACUACUACGAUGUCGUCCCCGAGACGACCGGCCCUCCUAAGGAGUUCUGGCUCUCGGUCGAGGAAGGGCCUUGCUCCCUGGACGGGUUCGAGCGGUCGUGCAUGACCUUCAACGGCACCGUCCCCGGCCCGACCAUCAUCGCCGACUGGGGCGACGAGGUCAUCAUCCACGUGACCAACAACAUGGUCAACAACGGCACAGCGAUCCACUGGCACGGUCUGCACAUGCGCAACAACACGCUGAACGACGGCGUGCCCGGCGUCACGCAGUGCGCCCUCGUGCCCGGCGAGAGCAUGAGCUACCGCUUCCGCGUCACCCAGUACGGCUCGACGUGGUACCACAGCCACUUCAGCCUGCAGUACGCCGAGGGGCUCUUCGGCGGCAUGAUCUUCCGCGGCCCGGCGACGGAGAACUACCACGAGGACCUGGGCCUGCUGUUCCUGCAGGACUGGGCGCACGUCGAGGCCUUCACCAACUGGCACGUCGCCAAGCUCGGGGCUCCGCCCGUCAUGCCCAACGGGCUCAUCAACGGCACCAACACGUUCGACUGCAGCGGGUCGGACAACCCCCGCUGCGUGGGCGGCGGCAAGAAAUUCGAGAUGGUGUUCGAGCAGGACAAGAAGUACCUCAUCCGUCUCGUCAACGUGGCCGUCGACGGGGCGUUCCAGUUCAGCAUCGACGGGCACUCACUGACGGUGAUCGCGCAUGACCUGGUACCGAUCAAGCCGUACACGACGGACAGCGUCCAGAUCACCAUCGGUCAGCGGUACGACGUGAUUGUCGAGGCCAACGCGGAUCCCGGCGACUACUGGCUGCGGGGCGGGUGGAACGAUAACUGCGGCGUCAACACCAACGCGGCCGACAUCAAGGGUAUCGUGCGGUACAAUGCGAGCAGCACGGCGGACCCGCAGACGGAUAGCAUCGUCCAGGCGGCCAGUGACUGCCUGGGCGAGCCCCCGAUCAAGACGAGGCCGCACCUGGAGCUUGACGUGACCAACAUGCGCGGGGGUGUCGUGUACGAGGAGAUGGGCACCGCGUUUGACGAGUACUUCAAGUGGACCAUCAACACGAGCAGCCUGUACCUCGACUGGGGCGACCCGACCAUGAAGCAGAUUUUCGAUGGCAAGAGCCUGUUCCCGACCGAGUAUAACGUCGUGGCCGUCGAUGUGGGCAUGUUCGACGGCGACACGUCCAAGUUCAACACGACCAACCCGUCGCGGCGCGACGUGGCGACGAUGCCGGCCAACGGCUACCUCGCCAUCGCCUUCAAGCUCGACAACCCGGGCGCGUGGCUCGUGCACUGCCACAUCGCCUGGCACGCCAGCCAGGGCCUGUCGCUCGAGUUCGUCGAGAGCCAGUCGCAGAUCCAGACCGACGACGUCAGCAGGCAGGUGUUUGACGAUGUCUGCGCGUCGUGGAACGCGUGGACGCCGAUCUGGCCGCAGGAUGACUCGGGUAUCUAG